UGAUGCAGAUAACUCGACAACUACGAGAGCUUACCUAGUUGAGUUCCUCGUAUGAUUUACAACCUCCCGGAAAGGUCUUAGGGUAAUGACAACAGACACUUUUGAUAGUUACAGGCUUGAUGUGAUUCGACGACGACCAAACGAUUCAGAGAUUUUUCAACUCUGUAGGAUUGGCGACACAGGAGCAGUAAAAAGGUUGCUUGAUCGUGGCGAAGCAUCUAUUUAUGAUGUGGACGAAUAUGAGGAGUCUCUUCUGCACGUGAGAGUUCAAAACCAUCCAUGGCUUUCGUAGAAAUUACUUAUUAUGUUAUAGAUAGCUGUGUGUUAUAGCGACCCGGAGCUUUGCCAAAUGCUUCUUGCUCGUGGGGCUGACGUAUAUCUACGGAACACUCUUCGGUGAUCAGUAUAGCAUACCCAGGAAGUUUAUUAUACUCACGAUAUCAUAGCUUACCUAUAGAUAAUGCAAUGAUGUUGAAUCGCUCGGAAUCAUUCAUCUCGUUGUGCGAAAUUGGUGGCUAUGAUCUGUGGCCCUUAGACGGAUCAUUCGCCCUCAAGCCCUAUAAGAUUUGCGAUAACAUCAGUAUGUGGCGAUAUAUGUUCCAGGUUAAUCCGGGCACAUCAGUGAGAGAGGAUUUGUUCGAAAAAGCGAAGUGGAGUAUCCGGAAAACUAUGGAUGUCAAGCUCGUUGAAUUUUUGGUACCCCGGUUUACUAUCAAGACGGGAAUUCAGCGGUAGGAAAUCAAUAUAUUGACCGGGGGAAUGUCCUAAUUUCGCGUCUCUUGGGCGAUUGGUUGAAGGAAGUAUACUAUCAUUGCUUUUUCAGAUAUCCAUUCUCUUCUGUAGGUAGAACCCUUUGCGAGUACAAACUCAUUCGGGUUUUAAAGCAAAUAUCCACAAGACUUAAUGUCAAUACCAGCGAGGAGUG